AUGCCGCCGACUCGAGAGGUCAAGACUUGUGAACGCUGUCGUGGCUUCAAGCGCCGCUGCGAUCUAGUCAAACCAUCUUGCACACGAUGUGCACAGGCAGGAGUGCGCUGCAGUUUCGACAUUCACAAAACUGCCAAUUUGAAUGCUUUAUACCACGCAUCAGGGCCUGAUUCUACCUUGCGAGAUGUGGCGGCGGACCAUAUGCCCCGUGCCGCUGCUGACCCCAGCAGCGCCAACGGCUCUACAGAUCCGAGCCAGUCAUCCACGGUGGAUGAAAAGGGAUUUGACAAGCUGCAUUUGGGAGUCACAGACGAUGAGGAAACAACGCAAAGGAUACCCGGUAGCAUUGAGGCAGUUGGCGGCCGCGUCAUUCGCAAGCGCAAGCGCAACUGCUUAAGCUGCUUACGAUGCCACAGGCUCAAGGUCAAGUGCGACAAGGAGUUGCCUUGUGGGCGCUGCAAGUCAAGCGGCAAUGGAAGGGAGUGUUACUACAGCUACAACAAGGGCCGCAAUGAAGGCAAAUUUCCAUGCCCGACAGCGCCAACAGGCACAAACGAGGAUGAGAGCACCCUCUUGGCACCGUGGCAGGUCCAGCACAAAGUGCGUGGAUCUAGUCACUGGCGUGAUCUAAUGGCCAAGAUCAUGUCACUCGGUGGAAAAGAUACACAGCCACUAGUAAAAGCUCUACAGUCGAUUGCGACGAAUGCAUGCCUAGCCAAUUUCACCUUGCCUGGGAACUUCCCAUUUGGCACUCCCGGAACCGCAAAAUACUACCCUCGCGAUGCGGUUGUUCGUCUUGUUGAGAGUGAGCGCCACAACAUACAAGGCUUCGUCGACAUGUACUUUACAAUGUUCGACUGCGUCAACCCAAUCGUGGACGAGUCUAUUUUCUCCGCAGAGCUGGAUCUGUACUGGAAAGAACCGUAUACGACGAAUGUCUGCUGGAUGGCCCAGUUUUUAAUGGUGAUUGGACUAGGUCGGUUUGGUAUGGACGAGGAGAACCCGGCCCUGGCCAUUGAGUUCAUGACGGCCGCGGAAGCAUGUCUCAUGCAGACGACAUUCAUGUUUCGGCCGAAUCUUCUGACUCUCAAGACGUUAUGUUUGGCCUUUGUGGCGAAGCAAGUGUGCAACGCGACCUGCUGGGCCUCGGACUCGGCUUGGUCCUCCAUGGGGCUGCUCAUACGGACAGCGCACAUCUACGGCCUGCCGGAAGAUCGCAUCGAUGUCGACGAUGGUGCAACAAAGGCAGAAAAAGAAGCUCGUCGAAAACUGUGGCUGACCAUCCUGUACUUGGAUGUCAAGGGGGCCAUUGCCACCGGCAUGACACCGCUGACCAAGGCCGACGAGCUGGGCAGCUACUUUGCGCAGAUGCCGGAAUGGGGGUCGUCCAACCCCCUCCAGAGCGUGCUUCACCAGGCGCUGCCGACCGUCUUCACCGUGGUCGGACACCUCAACUCCAAAAAAGAGCACAUUUCGUUCCCCGACGUGCUGCGGUACAACGCGCGCCUGCGGGAGCUCAUGGGCUACGCGGCGCGCGUGUGCCAGAACCCGAUCCAGAAGAUGACGAUGGACAUUUUCCUGCGGCGGUGCCUGAUGGUGCUGCAGCGGCCGUACGCGCUGCAUGCCGACGGGCCGUCGCUGUUUGCCGAGUCGUACUGGUCGUCGCUCGAGUGCGCGCUCGCGCUGCUGAUGCACUACCGCGACCUCUGGUGCAACGACAUGGGCCUGCGGCUGCACCUCGUGGGCCGGGCAUUUGUGCUCGACUUCUUCUCGGCGACGCUGACGACGUACGUGCACCUGCUGCGGCCGGAUGCGCCGCUGACUUCGGCGUCGACGACGAGCGGCGCCGCGAUCCCGCCGAGGCAGAUUAUCCUGGACACGCUGCGGAGCUGCGUCGAGAUCUGGGAGAGCGAGCGGGAGAGCAGCGUGUGUUAUAAGACGGGGUACGACUUGCUGCAGGGUAUACUUGACUUGUUGCCGACAUCGAUGGAUUGCUGA